CAUAUUCCCUCAAUUUCCUAAAUUUGCCGACUAGCUGCCUAGCUAGGGUUAGCAUCUCUUACACGAAAAGUAUAUCUGCAUAUGUAUAAAAGAGACUCGCGAGGAUGCACACACGAAUACACACAUCUUUCACUUUCACUUUCACUUUCGCAGCUGCGCCAAGGAAAAGAAAAGAAGAUGUCUCGAUUCCCAUGUACUAUACACUACUCGAUCAUAUCCCGAACCAAAACACUCUCUUGAUUUCUUCCUGAAACCACCACACACACGUCCAUCAGCAGCUCGCAAGCUCAGCCGGUAUCAUGCGGCGGCUCAGCGACGCCGGGGAGGCCACGCCGCUCGUCACCCCCGCGGCGGCCGCGGCGGCGGGCGGCACCUUGGCGUCGCCGGCCGCUGCGGGGAGCAACGCCAACUUCGACGCAAACAUGGUGAUCAUCCUCGCCGCGCUGCUCUGCGUCCUCAUUUUCGCGCUCGGGCUCAACUCCGUCAUCCGCUGCGUUCUCCACUGCGGCCGCCGGCUCACGCCGUCGUCGAGCCUCGCCGCCAGCGCCACCACGGCGAGGACGACGACAUCCGUGCACGUGCAGGCGGGGCUGAAGAGGAAGGCGCUGAGGAAGAUACCCGUAGAGGUGUACGGCGGGACCAAGUCCUCCUGCGGCGCCCUCCCGGCCACGGCCACGGAGUGCGCCAUCUGCCUUGGCGAGUUCGCCGACGGCGAGAAGGUGCGCGUGCUUCCGCGGUGCCACCACGGAUUCCACGUCCGCUGCAUCGACAUGUGGCUCGCCACGCACACCUCCUGCCCCAACUGCCGGGCGUCGCUCGCUGAGGACGGCGCCGCCGACGCCAGCGGCGGAGGGAGAUAGCGCCGGACAGUGUACGGGUUUGUAAUUUCUUCUAGAUAGGGAACUAAAGUGAAACGUUGCACCACUGCUUUGCUUCCUGACUAGUGUGUCUUUGGUGUGAUUUUGAUUUUCGUAUGGGCGGUACAUGUAAAUUAGUACACAUUUUGCGAUGAUAGAAGGGGCUUGAUGCGAAUGUUCCUCGUGUCCUUGUCAUUUUGGGUUGGAGCAUACGAUAUUUUUUUUGUCAUGAUUCUCCCAUUUAUAUAACUUUCUUUAAAGAUGAUUCGAUGUUC